AGAGUAAUAAUUACUUGUUAUAAAACCUAAUUGCAACGCCGAACCAUUACUUGCAUAGUGUUAGUAACUAAGGCAAAUCAUUAUGGGUUCCUUUGGCCCACCUGUUAAUCUCCCUCACUUUCACUUCUCGGAGGACACUCUGAGACCCGGAACAGCUUCUUGGUCCUCCACCUGCAAUGUGGUUAGGCGAGCCCUGGAAGACUAUGGCUUCUUCCUCGUGACCUAUGAUAAGAUCACGCCAGACAUGCAUGACUCAACCUUCAAUGCAGUCCAAGAGCUGUUCGAUGGUGUACCGACGGACACCAAGAUGAAGAACACAUACGAGAAGCCCUUGAAUGGCUAUGUUGGGCAGAUACCUAAGCUGCCCCUCCACGAAAGCUUGGGCAUCGACGAUGCGACCUCAUUUGAGGGCACCCAAAGAUUCACGGACACCAUGUGGCCCGGUACUGGAAACAAUAGCUUCUGCCAUACCAUACACUCGUAUGCGAAGCUUGCCGGGAACUUGGAUCAGAUUGCCAGCAGGAUGAUAUUCGAGAGCUAUGGUGUGGAGCAGCACUAUGAUUCGUACAUCAAAUCAACCGCUUACCUGCUCCGGCUUAUCAAGAAUAGGGCGCCAAAAGGAGAUGAGCCUAAUCUCGGGUUUAUAAAUCACACUGAUAAGAGCUUCACAACCGUUCUUCACCAAAAUGGCCAUGUCAAUGGCUUGGAGGUAGAAAUGAAGAACGGAGAGUGGAUCAAGGUCGAGAUGUCAUCUUCCAUCUUCGUGGUCAUGGCAGGCGAUGCAUUGAUGGCAUGGAGCAAUGACAGGAUACAGUCUCCAAACCAUAAGGUCACGAUAAUCGGAGACCAAGACAGAUACACCCUAGCACAAUUCUCAUUCAACAACGGGGUAAUUCAAGUGCCCGAUCAGCUGGUUGAUGAUGAGCACCCAUUAAAGUACAAGCCAUUCGAUCAUCUUGGGCUACUCCGAUACUACCGCACGGACGAGGGAUACAAAUCAAAGUGUCCAAUCAAAUCGUACUGCGGCAUUUACUAAUCUACUACUAGCGCUUAUUUAGCAUUCUGAGAUUGCUUGGUUUUGUCAAGGAAGGACGAUUUGCUAUGAGAUAUGUAUCUGCUAAGCUUUGUGAAGGGUGAAUUUUUGUGUUUGCAAUGGGUGAUGAUGUUAAAGUAAGGAUGAAUUAUAGCUUGUCGAUGAGUUUAUUUAAAGAGUCUUUUUUAUUAUUA